AAAAUCGGCACAAAAUGCCGACAGCUGAUCCGUUUGACAGCCAUGUUACGACGGUGACGAUUGCGUCCUUGAUCCAAACAAAAACAAAUUUCGCAGCAAAUGUGUGCUGCGAUUGAUUGUAGUUGGCAAGGGUUGUGGCUGGUGCCAACUGCACAGUACACGUUGCCAGGUUUAGUAGUUGCAGCAGACGUGCAGCAAUGCAGUAGAGGUUUCGAUCGAGACGAGAUACCAAGACGUCAUCGUUUUCAAAAGUCCAUCCCAACAGCAUCCCACCAGUGUGCCAGUAGAUAUGACGCUGUAUCAGUGAAAUGGUGAAAAUAACAAAAGCUAGGGCACCUGCUUUCGGAUGAAUGAAUCCCUCUGCUACUCACGGCGCUACGAAUCUCGUGAUCCCUUCUCGAGCUAAGGCCGGGGGUUUAUUUCGGUACCAGCCUGAACUCGAUCGGACGCUUUUGAGCAAUUCUGACAGUGCUUGGUGUGGAUUAAUCGAUACAUCCAACCCGUGCCCGAGUGUGCUAUCAAGGUUCGAGGUCAAACGGUGCCACAUAUCAUGGUGUGAGACAUUGAAUUUUUAGGAUUGUUGAUUGGCCUGAUUGUGUUACGUAAAAAAAAUCAUCCCGCUAGACAGUCCGCUGACAACCGAGACCGUGGAUCCGCAGUAGUGGUGGUUCUGCGCUGAACAAUGCUGCCCGUCGCGUUCCACCCACCUGCGUUCGUCUGAAGCGUGAGGGGUGUUGUUUUGAAUCAACGCGGCGAAGGUCUGGUGUUUGUUUUCGUUUGAUUGCGGCCAGUGAAACGGCGAGAAAAGGACAUGCGAAGAUAGUGGGAAAGCGAGACAAACGUACAGCGCUACAUUGCAGAACGCAAAACGAAGUCACGCGGUCGAGUAGAUAUUUGCGUGAUCGUCCGCGAGAGCGGAACAAAAUUCGCGCGUGUGCGUGUGCGCGCGCCACGAUGGUCUUGUGGUGAAUGGUGUGAACAGAAAUAAACCCCGAAAGAACGGUGCAGCAAAAGCAUGCGGUCGUCGGUUAAGUUUGUGGCCCGUUGUGGCACCAGUGCGGGUCUGCUCGGUGCCAGUCGUUCAUCGGAAGUAAUCGGAGCAAGUGUGCCGUGUAUCCGCGCUAUUACCACCACUACCACCACUACGACGAAAGGUUUGCAUUGCGUGUUGCCGCGAGCAACGGCUGCUGGCUGUCAGGUGAACUGUCAAAACAUUGGCGCCUCGUCGUGUUGGCUCACGCUACCGCGUUACUACGGGUCGGUCGGAACAUCGAAACGGUUCUAUUCGCGCUACUCAGCCAACCGCAUCAUGACCGGGGCGGACACGUUUAGCUUUGCCGACUACGACUGUGUCGGGUUCGAUCUGGACAAUACCCUGCUGCGCUACCGCAUCGGUGAGAUGAUCGAGCUGGAGUACCAGACCGUGUCGAGGUUUCUGGUGGAGCAACGGGGAUAUUCCGGUCGGCAUUUGCUACAGCCGCUCGACAAGGAUUUCCUGCAGCGAGGACUGAUCAUCGACUUCCAUCGGGGAAACAUCCUGAAACUCGAUCCAGAUGGUGUUAUACAGCAGGCGACGCACGGUACGAAGCGUAUGGCAGAUGAAGAAAUCCGUGCCUACUACGGUGACGAGAAACGUUGGGAAGUGACGAACGAGUACUGUCGGAAUAUGUUGGUGGCAUGGAACGGACCACUGUCGGAGCAGAUACGAACGGUUCUGGAUUAUUUUGAUAUCUGUGCCACACUGCUGUUCGGCCGUGUGAUCGAUACGUUGGACGAGGAGGCACACGAACGCAUCGGUCGAUACAACGUUUGGCCGGACAUUCUCGAUGGACUGGUGUACAUGUACUCGCGUGAUCAUUUUGGUGCCAACAUCGGAGGUUACUUCGAAGCGCUGAAGGCCAAUCCGGAACGGUACCUGCAGAAAGCGUCGCCGGAGCUGGUGCGUUGGCUGCGCGAGCUAAAGAAAACCAAAACCACGUUCCUUGUGACGGGAUCGCAUAUAGACUUUGCGAACUUUACCGCUUCGUACGCAUACGGACCCGAUUGGCCUGAGCUGUUUGAUGUGGUUGUUGGAUUUGCGAAGAAACCGGGCUUCUUUACGGCCGGCAAACCGUUCGUGCGGCUCGAGGGGCACGAUGAGACGGAACCGCUAACGGCCGGACAGCUGGAACGGUACGGAGUUUAUUCGCAAGGAAAUUGGCGCGAUUUGACGGUGCUGUUGGGAAAAAUCUGCCACAAAUCCGACCCUCGGUAUCUGUACGUGGGGGACAAUCUAAUACAGGACAUGUACACACCGUCCAAGUACACGACGGCCGAUACGGUGGCGAUCGUGGAGGAAAUGGAAGCGGAAGGAAUGCGGGACUGUGACGCCGGCCACCCGGACGCACCGUACAUUGUGUCGAAGUUUUGGGGAUCUUUCUUUACCACUCGGUCGGGACCGGGCGUUGAGGAUGCUUCGCUCUGGGCAGGGCUUAUCAAGCAGCACGCCAAAAUAUGCGUUCCAUCGAUGGACGAGGUGGCUAAAUAUCCGCUCGACCAUUGCUACAACAGCUUCACGGAGAACGUUAGCUGCAACGGUUACUAUCCGGCCGAGCCGUUGAAGUUGGUCAACAAUUGAUUUACCAGUCGGUGACGGGCCUGUGCGGCCACUUAUCUUGUUUGUCCUGUUUACGGUGUUUCUCUGGGGAGGAUCGUGAGUCUAGCGGUGUAAAGUGUUUCGGGACGGACAUUGUAUUUGGCAUGGUAACGCCAGGGUACUCAGGACCGGCUGAGGCGAAACGAUGAUAAGCAAGCUACAGGCAAACUAUCCUUCGCGUGAAAUUCAAUAUAAAUAGUAGCGGUUGUUUGAGGGCGUGAGGUGGACGCUGUUAUGCUAACGAGCAGAUCGUUGAGAAGAAUCCAUUGUUAUCUUGCUAGUGAUAGUUUCCGAACUAUAUAUACACACACACACACAUAUAUUCAAACCACUGUAUUACGAGUAGCUGGUUCCUUUAAACCAGCCAUUAGCCGUCGCUCACAUCCACGCUUUGAUUAUCUGUGUUUUGUGAAAUCAGGAUGAAACUGAUGUAAGGUUGUUUUUGCGAUAACGUAAGAUAAAUGUUGAAACCUUCUGUCCCGUAAUUUAUAGCCUCGUUUGCGCCCAGCACGCUUUUAUUCCCCGUACCUUCGCACGCGAGUGCAGCAGCAUUCAGUUGCGAUCAGUAGACGAACAAGUGGAAAGACCAUUUUGCACAACCAAAAACCAACCGAUGCAGAAAAUAAUUUAAUCCCGUGAUAAAAAUAAUAUUCGCUCUCGUACGGCCGGUUACGAUAAUCCUUUGUAACAAAAAAAAGGAAAACAAGCCAUAACAAGGGUAGCUUGAAGCUAAGCGUAAUGAGGAGAAAAUAGCUAAAAGCUCUUUGUAGUCUUAAAGAUGAAGUCCAAAGACCAGUCUAGGGCGCAGGUUUAUAUCUAGCCAUCGGUACACAUUCAAAAUGUUACACUAAACGUGCCCUUCUUUCGAAACUCAGUGGCCAGCAGUAGGCAGCAAGCGACUGAAGCUAUUGAAAAAAAAACCAGAACAAUAAUUUAGCAAUAAAUGUGCGUGUAGCGUGAUCUUUUCCCUCUUGUAAAGCCUGUCGAACUACGAAAUAAAGUAAACGGAAGUUAAA